AUGCUUGGCGCCGGUGCACUUCUUGACAUCGGUAUCUACCCCCUUACUUGCGCUGCUAUGAUUUUGGACCGUCAGAUGCAAGCCACACCCCCGAAAAGGACCGAAGAGCCAGAAGUGGUGUCCAGCAUGAGCUUCUCCAAUGGGGUUGAUGAACUGACCAGCGUCAUCUUAAACUAUCGGGCACUAGAUGCUCAAGCUAUUUGUACCGGGAGCUACCGUUUCCGAUCCGCAUCUGAGUUCUGUCAUAUUGAGGGUUCAGAUGGAAGUGUAUCUAUCGGAGGUGUCGCUGGAUCGAAGCCGCAGUUCUUUAUGAUCCGGAAGAAAGGAGAGCAUGAGGAAAGGAGAGAAUCUCAUACGAAGGGCUGGGGAUUCUGGUAUGAACAAGAUGCCAUAGGCGAAGACUUACUGGCAAAGAGAAAGGAGAGCUCUAUCAUACCCCUGCAAGAGAUAAUGCGGAUCAUGGUGCUGCUGGACAAGAUCCGAGCUGCAAAUGGCUUGUAA